GAGCCCGUGGGGCUCUAGGUGCCCGGCUCUGCGAGGUGGCCGAGCCUGGACACGGCGGUCAGAUCCCAAAGAACUGGUGUGCUGUCAAGUUUGGAGCCUGAGGUCCGGCAUCUCCCUUCGCCUUGACAACAUCCCCAAUGCGACCAUGGGAUCUGGCAGUGAAUAGGCGCCCUCCUUCUGCCCCCUUUGACCAGCGGCGAUUCUCAGGGGGAACUUGUGGCAGCCCAGCACACCUCAGGAGAAGCCCUCCUUCCCGGCACCACUGGGGCCGACGUGAGCGACCUCUGCAAACCCUGCUAGCCCAGGAUGAGAACUACUUGCACCCGGCUUUUUUCCAGCAGCAGCAGCCACAGCCACACGUUCCUGUAGAUGAGCACCCGGCGUACGUUCUGGCCAAUACGCCACCACGAAUGCUUCACCCGGCUGCGCACCCACCCCACCAGCAUCCAUUCAUGGUGGAUCUCCACGAGCAGGUGCAUCAGGGAGCCGUCCCUCUGUCCUACACGGUGACCACAGUAACAACACAAGGCUUCCCCAUUCACACUGGCCAGCACAUCCCAGGUUGUAGUGCGCAGCAGCUCCCAGCAUGCUCGGUGAUGUUCAGUGGACAGCACUACCCGCUCUGCUGCCUCCCACCCCCCCUGAUCCAGGCCUGUGCCAUGCAGCAGCUCCCCGUCUCCUACCAAACGUUCCCGCCACUUAUCUCCAGCGAUCAUUACAUUUUGCACCCUCCACCGCCUGGGCCACCACACCAGCCUCCGCAUAUGGCUCCCCUCAGCCAGUUUGUCCCACUCCAGCCCCAGCAUCCUCGCAUGCCCCUGCAAAGGAUAGAAAAUGAGGUGGAGCUUCGGGGUGAACAGCACUCCAUUGGAGGCUUCUCAUAUUCUCCUUCCCACCACACUCCUGCACUGUCUCCCUCUGUGCCGCUGCAUUACCUUCCACACACCCAUGACCCUCUGCAUCAGGAACUGCCCUUUGGCGUGCCAUAUCCACACAUGAUGCCCAGGCGACUGAACACCCAGCGAUACAGAUUGCAGCAGCCACUGCCACCCCCGCCGCCACCCCCGCCCCCGUACUAUCCGAGCUUCCUGCCAUAUUUCCUUUCAAUGCUUCCUGUGUCACCGACAGCCGUGGGGCCGACAAUAAGCCUGGACUUGGAUGUGGAUGAUGUGGAGAUGGAAAACUAUGAGGCAUUACUGAACCUAGCUGAAAGACUAGGGGAGGCCAAGCCACGGGGACUCACCAAAGCAGACAUUGAGCACCUUCCGUCCUACCGCUUCAACCCAGAGAGCCAUCAGUCGGAGCAAACUUUGUGUGUUGUGUGCUUCAGUGACUUUGAAGUACGGCAGCUUCUGCGAGUUCUGCCCUGCAAUCAUGAGUUCCAUGCUAAGUGCAUCGACAAGUGGUUAAAGGCAAACCGCACAUGCCCAAUCUGCCGGGCGGACGCCUCAGAGGUGCACCGGGAAGCCGAGUGAGGCUGGUCGAUGCGCUGCUGCACAAAUUCACUCCAGGAUAUGGACCUUGGACCAGGGGCUUGGGCCAGCCUGUAUGCUUAGCCUCUGGGGCCUCUCCUGGGAUGUGGUGAGAAUAUAAGCAAUGUAUGACACCUCCUCCCCCUCACCCCGUGGCAUGGACUGGGCCUGGUGGCAGUGCCAGCUCUGCGGUGUCACGCUUUGUAGGGGGAGGCGUCCCCAUGUGCUUCGCACUCCAAAGACUCUCCAUCCUUGCGCCAUUACGCUCCAGGUGUUUGCAUUCCUUUUCUUUCUUUUUCUUUUCGAGUUGAUGUUUCCUUUCCUUUUUGGCUGUCUGACCCAGAUCUUAGUCCAAAUUUUUCUCCUUUUGGUGGUGCUAGGUGGGGUCCUUGCAAGCAAAGCAGCUCAAAGGCAGAGGCAAGGAAGUGCCUGCUUCAGUCCCACCAGCUACAGUGUUGCACAGCAGGCAGUGUGUGUGUGUGGGGGGGUGGACUGUGGUUGCUGCAGGAUGGUGCGAGGAGGCCCCACUCAGACCAUGGCCCAGGGCCACUUCCCAGCCCCCUCACCUUCUCAGGCACCCUUCCGCCCCCCCACACACACACCUGAGACGCUGGGUAGAAUUCAGGGCCAUUCCUGCCACUAACAGGGGUGCUGGAGUGAGAAAAGGCCUGUUUAAGGUCCCAGCAAUAUACAGCUGCCCUCCCUGCUAUUGCAGUGAGGCGGUGCUGAGGAAUUCCAACUAUCCCCUCCCCAAAAAAGGAGUAGGAGUAUGCGAGUGGGAAUCUCUGAUAAAGCAGCUGGCUCUGUUUGCCCCAUACGUAAUCCAGUGGAGCCUGACUUUGUGAGGCUUGUGUUUUGGGAUUGGAGAAUCAUGUUCCAGCAGGUGCUUCUGCCUGUUUUGAUCCAUCCUUCACACAUGCAUGCACACCACCCCAAGUGCUGAUACAUUUUGGGUGCCCCACUCCUCAGUAUCUGUCUCUGCGGAACCUACUUUGAAUCAAGUUCUUGAAUCAAGUUCUUGUCACUGGUGUUCUUUGUUUUUGGUUUUUUUUAAAUAUUCCCAGUUGCUGUUUCUCUCUCUCCCCCGUUUCCUCCUGUGGGGGGAGAUGUUCCACAGUUCGUAGCAGAAGCCUUCAAUCCUGCCGUUAUGGCUAAAUCCCACCCACUCCUCUGCACUGACCUCAGGCUAAGUCCCUGAAGGCUGUUGGGCAGCUGUGACACUCUCUGCAGUAGGACCCUGGGCAGAGAGCAGAUGGGGAAUUAUUUAUUAAUCUUGUUUUCAUCUACCCUGGCACUAGCUAUCCUGGGGAGAGCCCAUCUGGUGAAAUCUCUCCGGGGUGCUGCGCUGCAUCAGCCUUCUUUCCUUUACGGUAGGACCAGGCAGGCAUUUUCAUUCCCUCCCUCCCAUUGUCUCUCUCCCAUCAAAUCUGGACUAAUACUGCCACCGCCGCCGCCACCCCGUUGAGUUUUUCUGCAUGGCCUGAUGCUUGUGCCCUGGAUCAGGUGCUGUGGGUGGGUGUUUUGUUUUUGUUUUUAAAUGCCAUGACGAGCGUACACUCAAAAAGUUGUGUGCCUUCCUGUGUUUGCACACACAAUCCUACCUAAAAAAAACCUGCUGAUUGGAAGCAAGAAAGCAACCAACCUGCCACCCUGGUACAGAAACCUGUAAUUGUCAAAAAAAAAAAAAAGUUGUUUUGCAUGAUGAUACCGUGGAGCAAGAGAGAAGCCCUCGCUGUGUAGUUGGUUUGUGUUCUGAA